AUGACGACUGUUUUCAAAAUAACCCUUGAGCCUAUUUUAACUUUAGGCAAGAUUUUUGGUUUAAUUAACAUCUCUUACACAUUUGAUCCCUCUGGAUUAUUAAUUUGGAAUAUACACUCAACAUAUUAUUAUACAUUCCUCGAAUGUACACGGAUGAUUGUGUUUUUAAUAUUCUCAUAUUUGGUUUAUACCGAUGAGUUUUAUUAUAUCUUACAUUUUCGUUUGGUUAAAUUUUGGAUCACUAUUAUCGCAGCAAGAUCAUCAGAAAUAUGGACAAUAAAAUUGAUUAAUGGCAUUAUUCACUUCGAUCAAAAACUAGCAUUACUUUCACCAGCAUUUACGGUUCAUCGACAUUCAAUCAGUAAACAUACAUGGAAUGUCUUAUUGGCUUUAUUAUUUUUAUACUUCGUUGGAUAUGAAUUAUAUGACAUAUACUUAUGGCCACCAAACACAUUUGAUAUUAACACCUUCCUUUUAUUUUUUUUCGGAAUGCCCUACAUUUUAGACUACGUGGUUAUUGUAACCGUAUGUUUUUAUCUCUGUAAUAUUGCAAAUAGAUUUCAAAUAUUAAACGACUUUUGGAGGUGCCUUCCUUGUGGAUUAGUAUCCGUUCCGAGUGAAUGGACGUAUUCGGAAUUAGCCAUGUUAAUGGAGAGCAUUAGGUUGUUGCACGCUGAACUAUCUCAAUUGUUCAAACUAUUCAGUUUGAGUUAUGGUACACUGCUGUUAGUGUUUUUUGUUUGCUGCAUUAUCGAUAUUAUGUAUUUAAUUUAUUUGAUGAUUGAGCUUGAAAAUGUGAUAAAACAUAUACCAUUACACAUGUUAAAUAUUCAAAUAGUUGGUUUUUUGAUGUCUGUAAUUCUUGCUGCCUCGUGGAUAAAUGAAAAGAAAAUGAAAAUUGUAUCACACUUACGAUUGAUUCCGAUUUCAAAAUUACCUGUUGAAAUAAAAACACAAAUCAAAAUGUUUAUGUAUCAAUUAUCAUUACUGAAAUCAGAUGAAAUUUCAGCUUUUGGGUUUUUCAAUAUCAAUUUAAAUUUAGUUGUAUCAAUUAUAAUGUUAUUGAUGAUCGGAUUUUCAACACUUAUUCAGAUGAAAGAUCAUCCCAUUAUUUUAGAAAUGGUUAAAAACACGCAAUUAUAUCAUAGAAAUUGGGAAAACGUGUAUGCUAACAACUAUUCAAGAAAUGGUACAUCUCUUUAAAAAUAUAAGUUCAUAUUUAUUAAUAACUGU